AUGCAGUGCUCUAAGACGGAGUCAUGCUGCAGAAAGGUGGAUGUCCCUAUAAAGGGCGGCUCCCAUAUCUGUAGGUUUGCAAGUAUGAAAGGAUGUCUUUACCUCUUGGCUGGCACCGAUUACAAUAUGUUUGUACUGCAAAUUUCUGCGAACAUACGUGUGACUGCGAGGCCAUGUACGCCCCUGUCCAGCCUUCACUUCUUACCUUUCUGCCUUUGGCAUCAUCACCCUCGAGGAACACAAAGCACCGUACCUAAAAAGCAAACAGAUUUACCAAGGAAAUUGGCAUUGAAAGAGUCAGGACAGACACAGGUAUAA